AUGCCGCUCUGUUGUCUCUGCCUGGACUGGCUUGAUGACAACGACGCAACCAUUAGUGACCUGCUCACCAGGAAAAACAGGCUGAACAGAGCCUACCUCAACCGUCUAGUCGAUGCUAACAGAGCGACCAUCUACCGGUGUCGCCGGCUUGCGCUGAAGCGAUUGCACGAAAUUCAGGACGCCUGGAUGGCUCAAAAGGCCGAGGAAAUCCAGGGGUAUGCUGACCGCAACGACACAAAGAACUUAUUCGCUGCGACCAAGACAAUCUACGGCCUCCAAACAAAAACACUGCGCAGCUUCUCACCUCCGAUGGGUCGACGCCUCUGGCGGAGAAGUCGCAGAUUCUGA